AUGGCUGCUGCAGCAAGUCUUAACUAUUCUGUUAACCUUCUUGACGAGGUAUCCCCGGGUCAUUCAUCGGGAGAUGCUAUGAAUGCAGAGAACACUCUACCUGGGUUCCCAGCCCGGUUCAAAGGGGAACGAGUAUGGAAGGGCUCAGACAUGGCCAAGAGAGAGAUGGAGUGGACCACCCUUCUCUCUGACCAGGAUAGAGAGGAGAUAACCAAGGCCCUGCACCACUUCACAGGCGAGUUAAACGGCUCCAGCCAAGUUUGGUUGGGCCUGGGUCCCGAGUCUUUGAGCGUGAAUACGUUUCCACUCUCACCAGGCCUGCACGGACGGCUGAGGGCUGUAAGCGAGGCUGUGCAUGAAGGUCGCGGCUUUGCCGUUCUGCGUGGGCUCCGCCCUGAAGACUUUACUCAGGAGGAGAAUGUCCUGAUGUAUGCCGGCAUCUCGGCCCAUGUCGCACCGCUUCGUGGGUUCCAAGACUUAAAUCGAGAGCUGGUCAUCUGCCAUGUGGUCAGCCAAGAACUGCAACCUGGUGCCGAAGAGGAAAACUUGCGGCCUGCCUUCACCAAUGAACGCCUUGUAGCUCACCACUUCUUUCUCGCUCCCUCCCAUCAGGCAUUUCACACCGAUGUUGGCGAUGUCCUGUCACUCUGCACGCUCGACAUUUCCUCAUCGGGCGGCGAAACGAUGCUGGUAAGCUCAUCCCAGCUCUACAACGAGUUUGCCGAGGUGCGGCCAGACCUCCUCCGGGAGCUGAGCAAGAAUUGGGUAUCUUUCGUAGCACAAGACUACCACGCCGAAGGCACGCCGCUCAUCAACACCGCCUACCCAGGCGACAAGCUCGUCUUCCAGUAUUCGCGCCUUCCCGUCACAGGCUUCCGCCGCAACUCCACUACCCAGCACCACUAUUCCCUCCCCCCGCCAACCCCAGCCCGUCUCGAGGCCAUGGAUCUCCUUGAGCGCUUGGCCUGGAAGCAUAGCUUAGCCCUGCCCGCCCACGCCGGUGACGUGGCCUACAUCAACAAUCUGACCCUCAUGCAUGCGCGGCGGGGCUUCGAUCUCGACCCCCUGACGGGGACCCCACUGCCGUCCAAGAGGCACCUCGUCAAGAUGCUGCUCCGCGACCCGGAGCUCAAGUGGGAACUUCCCCGUUGCCUCGACUGGUAUUCCCGGCGUGUGUAUGGGGCCAAUCGGGAGGGCGGAACACGCUGGGAAAGGUGGGACCUGGUGAGUGGUUGUGGUGAUGGCCAGGCGGCGCGACAGGAGCAAGGUGGUCAUGGCAAUGGCCAUGGCAACGGUAUGCGCUCCUAUGACAGUGGUUCUGGGAGUACUGGAGGCGGUGGUGGUGCAAAUCCCAGCGGUGGUGGCGGCAGUGGUUCCGGUGGUGGUACCCUUAGCAAUGGUUAG